GGUGCUUCAACAAAGUACUGAGUAAAGGGUCUGAAUACUUAUGUAAAUGUGAUAUUUCAGUAAUUUAUUUUGUUUGUUCCAAAAAUGUAAAAAAAACCUGCUGUUGCUUUGUAAUUAUGGGGUAUUGUGUGUAGAUUGAGGGGGGAAAACUAUUGAAUCCAUUUUAGAAUAAGGUUGUAAUGUAACAAAAUGUGGAAGAAGUCAAGGGAUCUGAAUACUUUCCGAAUGCACUGUACAUCUCAAUAUUGUUUGUUAUUAAGGCUUGUGGUGAUCGUAAUUGUAUAUAGUCAUUUUUUUUUAACCUAUUACAACUAAAUAAUGCAAGAGGACAACAGAAUGUUCAGCUUCUUCGAAGACUGUUUAAAUUAAUGUUGUUUGAUGAUGGCAUAGCUUCAAAUAGCUGAUACAGUGUGACCCUUUACUGCUUCAUCCACUUUUUGUGAUGAUUCGUCAUUCACUUUCCAGUGACAAAGGGUUGCUAGAGAUAAUUUGCAAGCACUGUGGUGGCACUGCAUUUAAUCUUAUCUUCAUCGCCUCAUGUUUAGUCCCCUGCCUUUCAAAAAGGAAGUGACAAGGAAGUAGAAUAUAAAGAUGAUAGAUAUUGUAGUGCUUGGCAGGCUAUGGGGGUGUAUGGAAAUUGGACAUCGUAAUGGCAUUCUCUUCUAGGAAAUAUUAAUAUAACUCUGGAAGUUCCAUCAUACAUCUUCGACAGUAUUUAUAUGAGGAGAUGCAACCCUUAUGGACUCAAGACUACAAAGGAACCAAAACAAAGACGGGUCAAAAGCCAGACUUUCGACAUCUCAAAUCAUCAUGAAGACUACCUGCUUGGCUCUUGGGUUAUUGCUGCUGACAGUAUCCCAGUCCUAUGCUAUCCCUCUUGGACUGGAGUCAUCACCUGACAGUUGCUGUUUCAGCUUCUCCAUAAUGAGAGUGCCCCCCAAGAAGAUCGACUCCAUCCAGAAGACUCACAGUGGAUGCCCCCGACCAGCAUUUGUGGUCAAAACUGUUGAGGGCAGAGUGAUUUGCUUCCAGUCAAGUGUGCCGUGGGUACAGAAAGCCUUCAACCGGAUCAAGCAGCGGCAUUGAGGGUUCCAGUCAUCCUUGAUAGCCUCCUCAUCAUGACUCAAACCUCACAAGACUAUUCCGUCAUCAACAUGCAAGCAAUGCAUUCUAAGUGACAUGUUUAUCACUUAGAAUGCAACAAUUACUAUUUUGCAACAUAUGGAAUUGGGAAAGGAGUGUUAGGAUAUACACACAUGUUUCUGUGUAUGUGAAUACUGUAUGUGAGAAUCCACUGCUUAAAUAA